AUGGCAGCCUCUUUAUUGAAAGAGAAACAAUUGAGUUUUUGGUCCACUCUCAUGAAUCAAAACCAAAGUUUGAAAUUACCCACUGAUUUUCCUAGAACCAUGAUGGAUGAAAGUGGGACUGGUGGAGAAUUGAACAUUUCAAACACAAUUUUACAUUAUGAACCAUUGAAGCAAGUGAUUUCCCUUGACGAUGUGCUCUCCAGUCAAUCAUUUAAAGAACGAUUUUUACAAGUGACAGAUUCCGAUGCUCAAAAAUCAUUCACACGAAAUACUUUUGUAUUGUCUGUGUUUGCAUUACUUCUCGCUCGGUACACGUAUGAAGAGACAUUUUUGAUUGGUAUUUUACAAGACGAAAAUACAGAACGUGACUCUUUCAUUGUCUCUGCAAAUAUUCCAAUGCCAUCUGCUGAAGAAGAUACAUUUGAGGGAAUUCCUCGGGACAAGUCCACUACUGUGUACAGUUUUAGAAAGUUAUUGACCAAUAUUCAAGAAGCUUUUAGUGACUCUGUUGGAAAUUUGUCACAAUUCGGAAAUGUUCAGAAUAUCCUUUCGGAGGUUGAACAAAAACAAGGAAAAGUAGAUACUACUCUCCUUGUGCAAGUUUCUUUCAGUUCGUAUGAUGGACCUUAUCAUUUGGUCAAUACUUGUGCUUCUCCUUUCCCAAUUUCCAAUGUUGAUUUACAUUUGCAUUUGGAUACUAAAACAAAUCAAGUGAGCGUCUCGUAUCAAACUAAUUUAUUCACAGAACUCAGAAUGCAAGACAUGUUGAAUCAAUUGAAAUUGGCUGCUAAACAAUUGGUUUCGGAACCAAAUCAAUCGAUUUUUGAUGUGUCACUUGUCACAGAAUAUGCCAAGACAGUCCUUCCACACCCAGAUAAACCAUUGAAUAACGAUUUCUAUGGAGCCAUUCAUGAAGUCUUCCAAGAACAAGCAAAGAAAAUUCCUCAACGAAUUACUAUGGUCGAUAGCAAAGAAUCUGUAACAUAUGAAACCUUAAACAAGCUUUCCAAUCAAUUGGCUCGUCAAUUACUUGCCAAUGGUUUGAAGAGACAAGAAGUGGUCACCAUUUUCGGUCACAGAAGUUGUCCCGUAGUGCUUGCAAUUUUAUCAACCUUGAAAUGUGCAGCAGUUUUUAACAUGCUAGAUCCUGCUUAUCCAGCCGAUAGAAUUAUUACAUGCUUGGAAGUAUCCUCUCCGUCAGCCGUCAUUUUAAUUGAGGCCUCUGGUCCACUUCCAAAAGAAGUCAUCAAGUACAUUCAAACAGAAUCAACUGUUCGAUUUGUUGUUUCCCUCAAAUCCAUCACAGAGAGUGUGUCUGAACAAAUCUAUGCUGAAUAUGCUGACACGGAUUUAACCUCAGAUCCUGAAUGGCGUGAUAAGGUACAAAUUACUCAGGAUGAUUUUGCUGUGUGUACUUACACCAGUGGCAGUACAGGUAUUCCAAAAGGAGUUUUAGGUCGUCAUGGACCUUUGACUCACUACUAUCCAUGGAUGAAACAACGAUUUAAUUUGAGUGAAAAUGAUGCCUUCAGUAUGCAAAGUGGUAUCAGUCACGAUCCUCUCCAAAGAGAUAUUUUCACACCAUGGUUCUUGGGUUGUACCAUGUACAUUCCAACGAAUGAAGAUAUUGUCAAUCCUGGUCGUCUUGCUGAAUGGUUUGAAGAAAAGAAAAUUACAGUGAGUUGUUUGACACCUGCUAUGGGUCAAUUACUGACCAGUGCUGCCAGUAUUGCUACGACUAGCACUGGAGAACCUCUCAAAUUGAAUCAUUUGAGAUAUGCAUUCUUUGUUGGUGAUGUACUUUCUAAAAAGUUUGUGAAACGUUUGUGUGACAUUUCUCCAAUUGUUCGAGUCAUUAACUUGUAUGGCUCAACAGAGACUCAACGCUCUGUGACGUACUAUAUGGUUCCAAGACCAGGUGAAAAAUGUAUGGAAACAGGAAUUCCUUUCGAACGAUUGAAAGAUAUCAUUCCAAUUGGUAGAGGAAUGUUAGACGUUCAAGCAUUGACUCUCUCCAGAUUUACUUCUCGAGAUAACAAGUUCAUGUUGUGUGGAAUUGGUGAAAUGGGUGAAAUUUAUAUGCGUAGUCCUCAUCUCUCACAAGGUUAUAAAGGAAAGGAAAAGGACACGAGAGAAAAAUUCAUUCCAAAUCCUUUCCUCACCACUGGAUAUAUUGAUCGAAUGUAUAGAACAGGUGACUUGGGACGAUAUCUCAUUAGUGGAGACGCUGAAUGCAGUGGAAGAGCCGAUGAUCAAAUUAAAAUCAGAGGUUUCAGAAUUGAAUUGGGAGAGAUUAACACUGCUCUGAAUAGUCAUGAAUUGGUCAAGGAAAGUGUCACCAUUGUAAGAGAAGAUUGUGUUCCUGGAACCAAUGAAAAACGUAUUGUCACAUAUUUUGUGUUGGACAAGGUCGAGAUUGAAAAGAGCACCAUUUACGGAAAUUACUUUACCAUGGAAAGUGGUUUGAGAUUGAGUAUCAUCAAGACCAUCAUUAAGGAUUUGAGACAAUAUUUGAGAAGCAAACUUCCAGAUUACAUGAUUCCAUCCUACUUUGUUCCAUUAGAUAAAAUUCCAUUAACACCCAAUGGAAAGAUUAAGAGACAAGAUUUACCAAGACCUGAAAUCAGUACCUCUUCAUCUCUCGCUGAUGAGAGACAAGACGAAGAAACCUAUGUUGCUCCAAGAAAUGAACUCGAACAACAAUUAGUGACCAUUUGGGGAGAGAUUUUACAAGGAAGUUCUGGACAAGGAAUUGGUAUUCAUGACAAUUUCUUUGAUCUCGGUGGUCACUCGAUCAAUGCCACAACUCUCACUUUGAAAAUUAGACAACAAGUGGAAGGAGCUUCUACCUUACCAGUCGAAUUGUUAUUUAAGGCACCCACUGUGAGUGCUCUUGCUGUAGCUAUUGAACAAUUAAGAAGUGGAAAAGGAGUGAGUAAGACCCACGUGACCGAUGUUUCUUCAGAUUGUCACUUGGAGGCCUCUACUCGUCCUCACCAUCAACUCAAUUUCAAUGAUUUUAUUUCCUUAUCUAAAACUUGGCAAAAUCCAAAAGAUAUUCUCAUUACUGGAUGUACUGGAUUUUUGGGAACCUUCUUAUUGGCUGAUUUCUUAAAGAAGACCAGUGCAAGAAUUUAUUGUCUUGUAAGAGCUGACAAUGAAGAAAAAGCUCGUAAAAGAAUUUUGGAAAGUUUAUUGAGUUAUCACUUUUUAUGGACUUCCAAAGAAAUGGAUCAACAAGAGGAACGUGAAAGCAUGAAUUUUGUGAACAAGACCAAUUUAGCAGAAAUUGUCGAAGGACGUAUCAUUCCAGUUUUGGGAGAUUUAACUAAACCUUAUUUAGGUUUAACUCCUGUCAAAUUCGAAGAAUUGAGUGACACCAUCGAUGUCAUUAUUCACAACGGAGCUGCUGUUCACUGGCUCUACAGUUAUGAAAAAUUGAAAGCUCCCAACGUGAAUGGAACCCGUGAGAUUCUCAAAAUGGCAUGCAGUGGUAAAAAGUUAACUCCCGUGCACUAUGUCAGUACCACUUCUGUGUUCGAUUCUGAACAAUAUAAGGAAUUUACGGAUGUCUAUGAAGAUUCCACAUUGCCUUAUCAUGAAGAUUUAACAGGAUAUCCUCAAUCGAAAUAUGUUGCUGAAAAGUUAUGUAUGAAUGCAAGAAUGAGAGGACUGCCAGUGUGUAUUUAUCGACCUGGAUAUAUUACUGGACACAGUAAGACUGGUGUGUGGAAUCCAGAUGAUUUCCUAUGUCGAAUGAUUAAGGGAUGUAUUCAAAUGGGAUAUUAUCCAGACAUGCCAUCGAGCAAAUUGGACAUGUCACCUGUCGAUUUUAUUUCUGGAGCCAUUGUGUACUUGUCGAGAACGAUGGAUAGUGUGGUGAAACAUCAGGCUUAUCACUUGGUCAAUCCUCAUGAAUUCUUCUUUAAUUCAUUAUUUGAAACUGGAAAGAAAUUGGGAUACAACAUUCAACCAUUACCAUUUAAGGAAUGGAAAGAAAAACUUUAUCAAGAAACUGUUGAAAAGAAGGAAUUAAGUACUGGCGAAGAAGAAAAUGUCUUGUAUCCAUUGGUGACCUACUUUACAGAUGAUUAUGAUCUUAAAAUGACAGCCAAACGUCCAUGGUAUGACAAUACACAUACUUUGGAAGGACUCGAGAAUUCAGGUGUCACUUGUCCAAAGGUGAUUGAGCUCAUGACAACGUAUUAUCACUUUUUGUGCAAAUGUGGAUUUUUGGUGCCACCUGUGGAGCCUACAGAAUUGGCCAAGAAAUUUGGAUUCCACAAAAUUCCAGCCAAUAUUCAAAGAAAUCCUAAAGCCUCCAUUUCGUCAUUGGAUCUUUCCAUCAUUCACUCGGAUGUGAAUUCGACAUUCAAUGAAUCACCUUCACCAACCUCAUUCAAUUAUCAAAGUUUGAUGAGAAACAAUAGACUUCAAUAA